GAAACGUGGGGGUUAUGUUAGGUAACAAACUGGGGGAAAAGUCAUUUUCCGGAUCCCAAGACGUGACACGUGAUCAAACCCGCUGCUGUGAUUGGCUCAGAGGGCGGAUAUUAAUAUCUGGGACAAAGGUUGUUGUGUCAAGUCUGUUUAUGCGGCUGUGAAGUACAGUUAUAACAAUGCUGUUCAACAAGGUUCUCAAAGCUGGUGUGCGGUCUGGAAUCCGGCUGCAGAGCUCCAGUGCUGCCGCAGCAAACUUUGCUGCAUCUCACAGCAGCCAAACAUCCCAAGGUUUCUCAUUUGAGCUGACAGAGCAGCAAAAAGAGUUCCAGCAGCUGGCCAGGAAGUUUGCGCGUGAAGAGGUCCUUCCUGCUGCACCUGCUUACGACAGGAGUGGUGAGUAUCCAGUCCCCAUCAUUACGAAAGCAUGGGAGCUUGGUCUGAUGAACGGUCACAUUCCCCAAGAGUAUGGUGGAAUGGGCCUGUCAUCCUUUGACAACUGCCUCAUCACAGAAGAACUGGCUUAUGCCUGCACAGGAGUACAGACUGCCAUCGAAGCAAACUCUCUGGGGGCAAUGCCCAUUAUUUUAGCCGGCAAUGAAGCACAGAAGGCAAAAUACUUGGGAAGGCUGGUCGAAGAGCCGCUCAUGUGUGCGUACUGUGUCACAGAGCCCGGUGCAGGCUCUGAUGUGGCCGGCCUCAAGACCAAAGCUGUGAAGGUGGGCGAUGAAUAUGUUGUUAAUGGCCAGAAGAUGUGGAUCACCAAUGGUGGGAAGGCUAACUGGUACUUCCUCCUGGCCCGCACUAACUUAGAUCCUAAAUGUCCAACCGGCAAAGCCUUCACUGGCUUCAUUUUGGAUGCUGACACUCCAGGAAUAACAGUCGGCAGGAAGGAGCUGAACAUGGGUCAGAGGUGCUCUGAUACCAGAGGCAUCACCUUUGAGGAUGUGAGGAUACCAAAGGAAAAUGUCCUGAUCACAGAGGGAGCCGGCUUCAAAAUUGCAAUGGGAGCCUUUGACAGCACCAGACCACCAGUGGCAGCAGGAGCUACAGGUCUGGCACAGAGAGCACUUGAUGAAGCUACCUACUACGCUCUGGAGAGGAAGACCUUUGGAAAAGUCAUUGCAGAGCAUCAGGCCGUGUCCUUCCUCCUGGCCGAGAUGGCGAUGAAGGUGGAGCUGGCCAGGAUGGCGUACCAGAGGUCCGCCUGGGAAGUGGACCAGGGCCGCAGGAACACCUAUUACGCCUCCAUUGCAAAGGCCUUUGCUGGAGACAUCGCCAACCAGGUCGCCUCCGAUGCCGUUCAGGUGUUUGGAGGAAACGGUUUCAACAGCGAUUACCCAGUAGAGAAACUGAUGAGAGAUGCCAAGAUCUACCAGAUCUACGAGGGCACCGCUCAGAUCCAAAGACUCAUCAUCGCCCGAGAACAUCUGGGAAGAGCCAAGAAAUGAACUCUGCACACCUGACCUGUCCUCAUUCAAAUGUACUUUGUUGUAGCGUUUUUUUACACAUGCGUGUACCUGGGCAUAGAGCUGGUUACUUAAAGGACCAGUUUGUAGGAUUUAGGGGGAUCUUGUGACAAAAGUGGAGAUAUAAUACACAUCAAUGUGUUGCUCUGAGAGUAUAAUCACUUAAAUUACAACAGUUGUAUUUUUGUAUUUUACGAUGAGCUCUCAACGUCUACAAAGUGAGCAUGUUCCUACCGGCACUUUGUCUUCUGCGUAAUCGGAAAGGAAGUGGGUGAGGAGUGUAUAUUAAUCUGUAACCUCAUCAUAUAUACCACUAAAUCCUACACACUGGUCCUUUAAAACUCAGUAUAUUGUUGUAAAAAGCUGCUUGCCUUAACAUCACUUCAUCCUGCCUCGUGUUUUAAAAAGGACUUUGAAUUGGUAGACAGCAGUCCACCUUUCUGGAUCACCAGAUUUAUACGAAGGUUUUCCAAAUAAGCUGAAAACGGUGGCCUUAUUGUGUGACCUCAUGAGAGUUGACUGUAACUCCUUCUCUGCCACACUUUCUCCUGAUUGUGUGAUAGCUGCUUGGAUGGGGUGUUAAAUAUGUCACUGCAGGAUAUUCUGUGCUUAUUUAUUAUCAGCCUGAUACCCUAAUCGCCAGUUGUCCAUGUGAAAUAAAACUGUAUCUGGUGUUGAAGCUGUUAAUGAUAGGGGAAAGUUGGCUUUGACGAAUGUGAGAGUUUAAGUUGACGAGGGAAGCUCAGACAUGAGUUUGAUUGCAGUAAAAUCAACAGAUUGCAAGGGUGUUUUCUUCACUUAUUGUUCAUACAGAGUCAUAUUCUGCCUCUGAAAUAGAAUCAAUCACAUGUUAUUUGACUGUUAUUUGACUGUCCUUGUUAACUCUUAGCUUGUAAAAAAAACUUAACUUUGAAUAUAAUGACAACUUUGUGAAUGCAGUGCUAAUUUUCAUACUUAAGAACAAUUAAUGUGGAUCUUUGUUGUCACAUUUCUCUCUGUAAUGUGAAAACUAGGGAAGUGUGUCAAUGACUAGUUUAAUAGCUGAGAAGUUGCAUGUUGUCUGAAUAUUGUUUUCUGCCUGAUUUAGAGAUUUGGUUCUGAACUGUUGCUGUCAGCUUUGCAGAAGAAACCUGACACAGAGAGGCAUCAGCUUUACACUUAACACGGGGACUGUCAGCAGAACAUUUGGAUGUAACAUUUAGAAGUUUGAGCUGACAGACCUAUGUUUAACAACACACCUUAAAUAAAGGUGAUUCAUAUGGCACAUUUAAGUAUGUACAUCAUCCAUCUCAAAUAAAUAAAUAAAUCACCUCAUUCAAGCUAGAA